AAUGGAAGAGUCCAAAGAAAACAAUCCUGUUGAUUGUGAAGGAGCAAGUAGUUCAUUAUCCUCUGGAGAUAUCAAGUCAAUUAAGACUUAUUCCAUGAAACCCAUAGCAUAUUUGCAAUCAGUAUUUAAGGAAAAAAAUGGAACACCUAGACAAUCAAAUACCUGCUCUGAAUUUAGAGGAAAGAUUACUAUUGGGAAAGACUUAUUUACAAAUCCUGAACACAGCUUAGAGGGAUUGUCCCAAUUUUCUCACAUUUGGAUUAUUUUCAUCUUUCAUCAAAGUGGAAGCAACUUUACAAAGGCUAAAAUUAAACCUCCUAGAUUAAAUAAUAAGAAAGUUGGUGUAUUCUCAUGCCGCUCACCACACCGUCCAAAUCCAGUAGGACUUACACUUGCAAAGCUAGAGUCAAUCGAAGACUCCACCAUAUAUGUCUCAGGAAUUGAUAUAAUUGAUGGUACACCUAUUUUGGAUGUUAAACCAUAUAUUUCUGACUAUGAUUAUCCAAAGAUCGUUAAUGAGCUUGGUCUAGCCGAUAAGAAUUACGUGAAUGAAGAAGCGCACACAGCUGAAGUUCACUCUGCCGACUGGAUCGCCCAGGCAAAUAAUGAAAGCUUAACUGUUAGAUUUACACUCAGAGCUCUAAAUGAUCUAGAAACUAUACAGGUAGAAGAGUCAAAUAAUUUAAAAAAGGCAAUUGUGGAAGUUCUAAGAAAUGACCCAAGAUCUGUUUAUAGGAGAAAACAAUGCUGUGAUAGAUUAUAUUAUUUUUCAUUUAAUCAAAUUCAUGUAACUUGUUGGUUUGACGAUGAUCAAGCCGAAGUCCUAAAGGUUAAGCAGGUCAGCAAUUAA